UCAACAUCUUCCAAAUCUUGAAAAAGAUUGAACUAGUUUUUUCAGUUGCAAUUUUCUAAUUUAAAACAAUUCACUCAUUUCUUAUGGGAUUUUACAUCGAGAUGUAAUACUUUAAUUUCCCUUUAAUUGAGAGAAUUCAAUUUGGGGGACGAGUUCAGGUGGAUUUAAACGUCUUCAAAAUCUUUGAAAUCUUGGAAAAGAUUGAACUAGUUUUUUCAGUUGCAAUUUUCUAAUUUAAAACAUUUCACUCAUUUCUUAUGGGAUUUUACAUCGAAAUGUAAUACUUUAAUUUCCCUUUAAUUGAGAGAAUUCAAUUUGAGGGAAGAGUUCAGGUGGAUUUAAACGUCUUCAAAAUCUUUGAAAUCUUGGAAAAGAUUGAACUAGUUUUUUCAGUUGCAAUUUUCUAAUUUAAAACAUUUCACUCAUUUCUUAUGGGAUUUUACAUCGAAAUGUAAUACUUUAAUUUCCCUUUAAUUGAGCGAAUUCAAUUUGGGGGAAGAGUUCAGGUGGAUUUAAACGUCUUCAACAUCUUCCAAAUCUUGAAAAAGAUUUAACUUUUUUUUUCAGUCGCAAUUUCUCAAUUUAAAAAAUUGCAUUCAUUUCGUAUGGGAUUUUGAAUCGAAAUGUAAUACUUCAUGUUAGAGUUCAUGAGAUUAUGGUGAGGAAACUUUAGGUGGAUUUGAAUAUGUUGAACGUUUCUUAUUCAACAAAAACAUUUCAAAAUAAAUUCUACAACAUUCAAAUAAUAUUUACUGUUAUUUUGUGUUUAAAUUCCCAAUUUUGGAAAUUAGAAUAUUUCUUCGGGUCAAAUGGAUUUUUUAAUUGAAAGAUCAUGUGGAAUUCAUUGUUCGGAAUGAUUUGACUAUAGAAUUUUAAAUCGAAUUCUAAAAUUAAAUUUGUCGUUUAUAAUGACUUUACAUUAAAAAUUUAUUGAAAUUCAUAAAAAAACCAUUUCAUUUCAAUUAAUUAACUUCAUUCAAAAAGUUUUUUCGUAUUAAAUCCAAACGUCAAACGGGAGCUUGUACUCAAUGCCAAGAGGAACGAGGCGACAUAAUAUAUUAAAUCCACCAAAUAAUAGAGAAGCAUCUUUGGAAUCAUGGACGAGGAUACGGUGCGUCCGAGUACCCUGCUCGAGGAGACAUUCUACAUAACAUCGAAGAAGAACACCUAUUACAGAGUUAAAUUAAGUGAUAAAGGCCUGAGCCUCCAGAAGGAGAGCAACGGAGGGACGAAGACAGAGACUAUAGGAUUGAACGAUAUAAUCGGAUGCAGAUGCAUGAGAUCCAAGAGGAGUGCGGGGAGUUGUGCAUGUCGUCCAAGUGUCUCCAAGAGUCAACUGAGACUCGUGGAGUCCUCCUCCGAGGGCUUCAGCACUUGGGACGAACUCGAUACCUCGGUUUAUCUCUAUAUUUACGCGUAUACACUUAAAAAAGCGCGUGUUAAGGGCGCGAGGAGACGCGAGAGAACGACGAUAACACUGAGGUUUCGAUCGUUCGAUAAGUAUGAGGAUAAUUUGAGGGAGGCUAGCCGCUGGAGGCUGGCUAUCAAGUGUCUUGUUGGGAGGGUCACGAUACCCUGGAAUCUCAUGAGCCCCAGUCACGGAAAUCUCAAUGAUUUAUUGAAUGCAUGCGCAGGUGAGCGCAAAAAAAUUCUCGUCCUCCUGAACCCAAAAUCCGGUCCUGGCAGGGGGAAGGAGCUAUUCCAACGGCGAAUUCAUCCAAUUUUAUCGGAAUCUGAGAAAACUUAUGACGUACAUAUCACAAAGCACUCGAAUUAUGCCAGAGAAUUUGUCAGGACGAGGGAUAUAUACCAGUGGAGUGGUAUAUUAUCAGUCGGUGGUGACGGAAUUGUCUUUGAAGUUGUUAAUGGAAUUCUGGAGAGACCGGAUUGGGAUAAGGCGCUGAGGGAAGUGCCACUGGGUGUUAUCCCUUGUGGAUCGGGAAAUGGAUUAGCCAAGUCUAUCGCAUAUGCCAAGGGUGAGCCAUACGACUCGAAUCCAAUGCUGAUAAGUGCCCUAUCCGUCGUGAAGAGUAGACAAACCCCCAUGGACCUUGUUCGAGUGGAAACGCGCAAUCAAAUUCUCUUCUCGUUUUUAUCAAUUGGAUGGGGAUUCCUAGCAGACAUUGACAUCGAGAGCGAGAGCCUACGAGCCAUUGGCGCCCAACGCUUCACCAUUUGGAGUUUAGCCAGGCUCAUUGGAUUAAGAACAUAUAAAGGAAGGGUAUCAUACUUGCCGUGUGACAAAGUGCCCAUUGUCGCGAGCAAGAGCAAUGGAAAUAUCUACGAUAAGGAUUUCAAGGAUGGAGUCAUUAUUCCACACUCGAGGAGCUACGGAGAUGAGCUCGAUAGAUACUGUGGAGUUCGAGAGUCAAAGAGUUAUCACGAUGUUUUGGAUUCAGUUACGGGUGACCUUGACGACAUGUAUCUGGACGAAAAUGAAGUGAUAACUGAUAAUUUAGCACUGGAAACUGAGACCCAGGCACGAACGAGACUAGACAGUUUUUAUUCAGCAACAUCGCGGAAAUCUACGUACUUCAGCACUGGAUCUGCAUCGAGUUAUCACAGUAUGGAGGACAACGAAAAUUCAACGCCAGCAGAUGAAGAUAAUGAGAGCGGCAGUCGCGUAAUGUAUGGUCCAUCCUCAUCGCUUCCUGCAUUGACUGCGCAACUCUCCAACAGUUGGACACAGAUACAAGGUGAAUUUGUCGUUGUGCACGCAGUUUAUCAGUCACAUAUCGGUCAAGAUUGCUUCAUCGCGCCGAGAGCAAAGUUAGCCGAUGGUGUGAUAUGGCUAUUGAUCAUAAGAGCUGGAAUCACACGUACUAAUCUUCUUCAGUUCCUCUUGGGGCUGAGUACAGGCGCCCAUUUGACAUGUCCCGGAGUGGAAAUGAUACCUGUAAGAGCCUUUCGUAUCGAGCCGGAAGGUACAAAUGGCCACAUGACUGUCGAUGGAGAGGAGGUGGAUUAUGGGCCACUGCAGGCUGAGGUCUUCCCCUCAUUGGCAAACGUAAUGAGUCCUUGACCAGUGCCAUGAGAACACUUAUUUUAUGCACUUGAUGAAUUUCAAUCAAAAUUAAUACGCUCAUAAAUUACGCCGCUGCUGAUGCACCACUAGAGUAUUUUUCGAGACAAUUCCCUGAUCCUUUUUGUCGAUCAAAAAGGAAAAAUCAAUAAUUUUGGGGGAGACAAAGACGGAUUUGAUGACUAGAUCGAUCACUUCGAUCAUUCGUUAUGUAUUCGGGGAGAAUUCCAAUUGUAAAUAUUGUAUUUUGAUUGACGAGUGUUGAUCGUUCGAUUAGUUGUAGGAUUUAAAGAGAAUUGGGAGAAUUUCAAGUCCUAGGACGCAUGUGCCAAUGUUGGGGAGUGGGGAAGUGGGACGAGAGAAAUAUCUCAGUGUACAAGUGAGAUGAUAAAGUUUCUGUAGAAAAUUCGGUUAUAUUCACCAAAAAUUGAGCCUUCGUUUCAAUUUUUUUAAAUCAAUUUUUCAAAAUUUAAGGAAAAAUUGGAUGAGAAUUCUCAUAGACGUUUUUU